CUCCAUUUUGUGCCGGCCGCCCAGGAGGAGGUGGCGGCGGGAUAUCGAUCGGCGUCCUUCGACUUGUUGAGGCGAGAGAAGUUGAGGCGGGCCAAGAGAGAGAGAGAAAAAAGUGCCGUUCUCCACGUAGCCUUAAAAAAAAAGCAGGGCGCCCCAGCGGCAGGAGACGAGGCGGGGAAGCGGCCGCGGCGUUCCCUCCCGGCGGUCCUGUCAGCCGCAGUAGCCGUUCGACGGCCGGCGGCGGCGCUGGAGACAGCGGGCGGGAGGCGCCGCGGCGGCGUGAGGAGAAUGAAGACCGGAGGAGCCGCCUCCACCGCCGGCCAGGCAGCGGCCGCAGCCGUGGUGGCUCCCGCCGGGGCCGGGGCCGGGCCGGAGGCGACGGAGAAGGUGGUCCACUCGCGCUCGCAGGUGCUCUUCUCCGGCGGCGGCACCAAGGCGCUGGGCGACGCCUUCAAGCUGCUGGUGCCCAAGUCGACGGAGUUCAUGAGCUCGGACGCCGAGCUGUGGGACUUCCUCUGCAGCCUCAAGCACCAGUUCUCGCCCGUCAUCCUCCGCAGCAAGGACGUCUACGGCUACGCCUCCUGCCGGGCCGUCGUGCCGGACAUUCCCCGCGGCUUGGCGGCCCCGGCGGCGGUAGCGGCGGCGGCGGCGGCGGGGAAGAAGUGCCGGCCCUGGAGGAGAGCCGCCGCCAGGGGGAGGCGCCUGCGAGUCGCGGCCGCCGCCCGGGCCGGAGGAGGCGCCAAGCGAGCGGCCAAGAAGCGCAGCCCAGAAGGGGCGGCUCAGGCGGCCGCCCCUCCGCACGCCGCGCCGCCCCGAGGGGCCUUGCCCGAGCCUGGGGCGGCGGAGGAGGAGGAGGAGGCGAGCCCGGCGCCUGCCGCCCUGGCGUGGGCCUCUCCCGAGGGCAAGUCGCUGGAGUCCAUCUGGCGGGCGGCCACCCCGCGCCUCACCGCCUUCCCCACCAUCAAGGUGCGCGGGGACGUGUGGAAGCCGCGCAGCCUGGAGGCCGCCCGGCGCAAGGCGCAGCGCAUCCUGCGGGUCGACCUGGCGCCCGUCGUGAGGAUGAGCCGCUUCCCGCUGCCCAAGUGCUGAGGGCGGAACCGGCCCCAGGAGGAGCCGCGAAGGAGUCGCCUCUUCCCGCGACGGAUUUGGGCCGGGGGGUGGGGGGCCUGGACUCUUCCCCUGCCCUCGGCCCGGGCGCGAACACGGCGAGGCGGACGCGACAGUCACCUGUUUACAAACGCGUUGGGUCUGGAUCGGGCCCUCCUUGGCUCAGUGAAACUGCACUUUAAGGGGGGGGGGAAGGCGGCCCCCCUUCCCCCCCCUGUCGCUCAGCUCUUCACACGUGGAUUUGGGGACCCCCUUUUCACUAGGCUGGCUCGCCUGCCCGCUGGACACACCAAGAAGCCGGUGACUCUUUUCCUUACCUAGUAACCUUGCCUAGACCGGGGGAACGACUUGGCAUGAAGAGAUUCCACCCCCAUUGGACUACCUCGCUCGUCUGGACGUCUGAAAAGGCUACGUUGUUUUCCAAAGGAACUUGACAUCCUGUUAACGCGACGACUGCCAACUGAGCUCUUUUUUUUUUUGUCCCCUUUUUAAGAUGUAGCCAGUGGACUAUUCUGUAUGACUGUUCUGUGCGAUUGCACUUUGUGCUCAGGGUUGCUUGAAUGCCAAGUGUUUCACAUUGACUGAGGGAAGCUUUGACCAAGGAUGCUCCAGGAAUGAAGACUUAAGAGCCCGUCGUGGCUGAUUGGAUGGUGCAAAAGGUUUCACUCGUAGGUUUUUGUUUUUGUAAGAGUUGGUCUUGACCUACGAAUUUUCCAUAUAACGGUAAAAAUGUUUUGUAUGUAAAAGUUUUAUAGAUGAACUUCAGUGAUAUUUCUGUUACAGCUUGUAAAGAUACUUGUAUUAGAUGAAUCAUCUUUUAUAUAACUUUUGCUUUAAAGAAGCAGUUACCAACUUACGUGAAAAUUAAUAAAAGUUAAAGAUCAGA